UAACCGGGCUGUAUAUCAGUCGUUUUGUUUGCAUUUUUCUGUUUAUUGAUUUGCUUGUUUGUUCUUUUUUUUCUGGGUUUAAUUCCUGAAAUAUAUCUGAAUAUAAUCAAAGGAUCUGCAUUGCUGCUGAGAUGUUUGGUCUUUUGUUCUUCGUGCUGAUGGCGCACAGCGCUUAUGGAGACGUGAGCUAUUCUUUCCCGGAGGAGAUGAAACGCAGAUCUGUGAUUGGAAAUAUAGCGAAGGAUCUCGGAAUUGAUGUGAACAGACUGUCAUCUCGUAAAGCUCGCAUUGAUACUGAAGGUAAUAUUAAUCGAUAUUGUGAUAUUAAUCUGAACACUGGAGAGCUGACCGUAGCGGAGAGAAUCGACAGAGAGGAGAUUUGUAAUGAAGGGCUUUCCUGUGAACUUAAUUUCGAAUUAGUCCUUGAACAUCCAUUAGAGAUGCAUCGUGUUAAAAUACAAAUACUGGAUGUUAAUGAUAACACGCCUACAUUUCCUAAAGAGACAAUAAAGCUUGAGAUUAGUGAGAAUGCAGAUAAAGGCGCUCGGUUCCGCGUUAAUGAGGCUCAUGAUGCAGACAUCGGACAGAAUGGAGUACAAAGAUAUUCGAUUGAACGCAAUGAUAAUUUUAUUUUAUCAGUUAAUACAAAGGUGGAUGGUGGGAAAAAUGUUGAACUAGUGUUAGACAAAGAGCUGGAUCGUGAGCAGCAGAAAGAGGUGACUUUAAUUCUGACUGCGGUAGACGGCGGGACUCCACCGAGAUCAGGUACUGUAGCCAUACACGUCACUGUGCUGGAUGCUAAUGAUAAUGCUCCAGUCUUUAGUCAGGCCGUCUAUAAAGUCAGUCUGCCUGAAAAUUCCCCUGUAGAUACUGUAGUGGUGACAGUGAGCGCUACUGAUGCUGACGAGGGACAAAAUGGAGAAGUGACCUAUGAGUUUAGUCGUAUUUCAAAAACUGCAAACACCUUAUUUUCUCUAGAUCAAUACAGUGGGGAUGUAAGAGUUAAACGCCCCAUUGAUUUUGAGGUGGCUUUAAGGUAUGAAAUGCUCAUUGAGGGAAAGGAUGGCUCUGGUCUUUCCUCAGACACAAAAUUAAUUGUUGAAAUAACUGACGUUAACGACAAUGCCCCAAUUAUUGUAAUUAAGUCACUGAAUAUCCCCAUUCCUGAGAGCGCGUUACCCGGUACAGAGGUUGGCAUCAUUAAUGUGCAGGACAGAGACUCUGAGAAUAACGGACAGGUGCGCUGCUCCAUUCAGCAAAACGUCCCAUUUAAACUCGUGCCUUCAAUCAAAAAUUACUAUUCUCUGGUGACCACAGGUGAAUUAGACCGCGAGUUGCUCUCUGAAUAUAAUAUUACAAUUACUGCUACUGAUGAGGGCUCUCCGCCUUUAUCUUCCACUAAGAAUAUUCACUUGACUGUAGCUGACGUCAAUGAUAAUCCACCUGUAUUUCAGCAGCAGAAUUACAGAGCUCAUGUGCAAGAAAAUAACAAAGCAGGCUCCUCUAUUAGUUCAGUAUCAGCUACAGACCCGGACUGGAGACAGAAUGGCACUGUAGUUUAUUCUCUGUUGUCCUCUGAUGUCAAUGGCGCACCGGUGUCCUCCUUUUUAUCCAUUAACGGAGACACCGGGGUCAUUCAUGCCGUCAGGUCGUUUGAUUACGAGCAGAUGAAAAGUUUCAAAGUGCUCGUGUUAGCCAGAGACAACGGGUCUCCUCCUCUGAGCAGUAACGUGACCGUGAGUGUCUUCAUAUCGGAUGAGAAUGACAACUCUCCUCAGAUAUUAUACCCCUCUCCGGAGGGAAACUCCUUCAUGACCGAGAUGGUGCCCAAAGCUGCGCAGGCGCGCUCCCUGGUCUCCAAGGUGAUCGCCGUGGACGCGGAUUCGGGGCAGAACGCGUGGCUCUCGUAUCACAUCAUUAAAGCGACUGAUCCGGGACUUUUCACUAUCGGUGUCCACAGCGGAGAGAUCAGGACGCAGCGGGACAUUUCUGAAUCUGACAGCAUGAAGCAGAACCUUAUAGUGUCAGUCAGAGAUAACGGACAGCCCUCUCUCUCAGCCACGUGCGCACUGUAUUUACUUGUAUCAGAUAACUUGGCUGAAGUGCCAGAACUGAAAGACAUGUCUCAUGACGAGAGCAGCUCCAAACUGACGUUUUAUUUGAUCAUCGCGCUGGUGUCCGUCUCCACUUUCUUCCUGACCUUCAUCAUCAUCAUCCUGGCCGUGAGGUUUUGUCGCAGGAGAAAGCCCAGACUGUUGUUUGAUGGAGCUGUAGCCAUUCCCAGCGCGUAUCUGCCUCCAAAUUACGCAGAGGUGGAGGGCGCGGGAACUCUCCGCAGCGCCUACAAUUAUGACGCAUACCUGACCACGGGCUCGCGCACUAGUGACUUCAAGUUCGUCAGAUCUUAUAAUGAUGGCACGCUGACUGCUGACCUGACUCUGAGAAAGACUCAGUCCUCUGUGGAUGACCUGGAAGGACUUGAUGCUGAAACGAACGAUUCCUUUCAGCAAAAACCACCCAGUGCAGACUGGCGUUUCACCCAGAAUCAGAGGCCUGGGCCCAGCGGAGCUGCUGCCACUCCUGAGGUUGCCGUGGGAACCGGACCCUGGCCCAAUCCUCCCACCGAAGCCGAGCAACUGCAGGCGCUGAUGGCCGCUGCUAAUGAAGUCAGCGAGGCCACCAACUUUCUGGCUCCAGGCACCAUGGAUCUGAGCACCCGCUACGGCCCUCAGUUCACCCUGCAGCACGUGCCUGAUUACCGGCAGAACGUGUACAUCCCGGGCAGCACCGCCACUCUGACCUCCAACCAGCAGCAGCCCCAGCAAGCCCUGCCUCCACCGCAGGCCUCCGCCGCCAUCGCCGUCGCCCAGCCAGAGCCACCUAAAGCCGCCCAAACCCCCGCCAGCAAGAAGAAAGCCACCAAGAAGGAGAAAAAGUAGAGCGUUUACGGUAUGAAGCAUAGGGGGGGUUACGUUAGCAUAGCUGGACCACUCAAUCCUGCGCUGGAAGAUCUGUAACUAUUUAGAGAGAGAGAGAAAUACAUUAACACGUCACUUUCACAUACAAAUACUGAUUUGUUUUUGGCAAAACAACAUUCGAUUUUCAUGUUUUCUCUCGCAUUCGCCAAGUUUAUGCGACGCUAUAUUCCUGCAUAUAUAUGUAUCUAGCCAAUAAUGUAUUUACCGUGAUCAUCUGGACAGGAGGAGAUGUGUUAUUAUAACUACAACAAUCAUGCUAUUGAUUAUAUGAAGACAUUGCUGUAUUUCCUGAUGUGCCCAGUAGGAUGUCGCGAUGUUUGUAAAGCGCAUCUAGAGUUUUCUUUCUGUUAUCGUUCGCUGAAAUACCACUAUUGACUUAUUUUCGAUGUAGAUGCGAGUCGGGUGAUUAUUGCUGCAUGCCAUUUUUGUUUUUUUGCGCUAUCGAUAAUCACCUGACGUAUACAAACACCCGUCCACAAGUCACAAAGCAGUUACGAGCAUCCACUUUUAUUGUGUUUUCCUUUUAACAACCUGAGAAUGAAACCCCCUGUGUAUCUCUGAGCCAGAUUUCGGUCGUUUUUUUAUGUUCGUUGAAUGUUUUUGAAGCAUUAAGUGAUGUCCGAGCCAUUACAUGAUCGUUUAAGCGUCCAUUAUCUUUAUCGUCCUUAGAAUUCAGUAUUUCUGGGUUAUUCUAGAAGUGUUUAUCAGAGUUUACUUUGACAGCAAAAUUUCCUGACAUUGUGAGUUAGGCUGAAAUGAGUUGGCUUUACAACUCAGGCCGUGUCCACACAAAUGCAGUUUUCCUCUCUUUCGAACCAACAAGGGACGAUAAUUGCAUUUUUAUGUCGUUUUCACACCAAAUGGGGACGCAUUUAGGCAAGGCAAGUUUAUUUAAAUAGCACAUUUCAUACAAGUAUAAAUAAAAUAAAUAAUAUAAAAACAGCGAC